AAAUCCCGCUGUUGGUGUGGCACUAUGCAACCGGCCGGUUUCCUUCAUUUUACAAAGUUGGCACAGAAUCGGUGAUAGGUGGAAAAGCAACCAACUUUCAUCGCGCUGAUUAGCGAAUUACUUUAAGAAAAUGUCUUCAAAUUCGAUAGAAAGCGAGAACGAAAAAAACGACCUAAAGACUGAGAACGACAUAGACAUCGCGCAGGAUUUUUCCAUCAAACACCCGCUCCAAAACUGCUGGACACUUUGGUACUACGAGAAUGACAGGAGCCAGACGUGGGAGAAGAACCAGAAGGAAAUCGCCUCGUUUCAGACCGUUGAGGACUUCUGGAGUUUAUACAAUCACAUUAAGCCCGCAAGUGAGCUGAGACAAGGGAACGACUAUUCCCUGUUCAAGAGGGGCAUCAGGCCCAUGUGGGAGGAUGAAGCGAACAAACGCGGGGGGCGUUGGCUUAUUAACUUAGACAAGAAACAGAGGACCAACGAGCUUGACCGGUACUGGCUUGAUAUUAUCUUGUGUCUAAUUGGGGAAGCGUUCGAGCAUUCGGAUGAAAUCUGCGGGGCGGUAGUCAAUAUUCGAGGAAAGGGUGAUAAGAUCGGGGUCUGGACUUCCGACGCCACAAAAAGCGCGGCUGUCAUCGAAAUCGGCAAAAAACUGAAGGAGCGGCUGCAUAUACCGCCAAGGACGGUUUUAGGAUACCAAAUCCACAAAGACACUCAGGACAAGUCUGGUUCCGUUACCAAGAAUUCAUACACCGUUUAAUUAGAGUAACCGUUGAAAUGUUUUCGUUUUGAGAAUGUUCGUAUUGGUAUUGAUUUCCCAUGGUUUAUUUGAAUAUAUUUAUUUCAUUUUCUACUUUA